AUGAGUCUAGCGUUUGAUCCUGCAAGAUCGCCUUACUACAAAGUUGUUUGUGUCAGACAAUCUAAAACGUCCGACAAUCCUUUUCAGAUUGAGAUUUAUUCAUAUGAAACUCGACUAUGGAGAGUCUCUGGUCAGCCUUUUAAAGCACCACAGUUUACCAAAUUCGAAAAUUGUAUAUAUUGGAAUGGUUGUGUUCACUGGUGGAAUGGCUUUGUCAGUCUUUGGAACGAUGAACAGUACACUCUGUACUUCAAAGUGGAGGAAGAGAGAGUAGAACAACUGCCGAUGACCAGGAAGAACAUUCAGGCAGUUGUAAUGCCUGACCAGGACUUGCCUGAGCAGGUAGCUACUUAUCUCGGCGAGUCUCAGGGUCAUUGGCAUCUGAUUGAUGUGUAUUCUGAUUCCACUUGUUUGUUCAAUGUGUAUGAGAUGGCUAGAGAUUACUCAGGGUGGUUUGUAAAGUAUCAUGUUGAUCUAUCUGCAAUUUCUACUAUAUAUACGGAUACAAUCACAAAUGGCAGCUAUGAUUACAGGUUCAAUAUACUAUCACUUGUGAGGAGAGGACAAGAAGAAGAAGAAGAUGGCUCUUUCUUGGUACUGGAGAUACCUGGUGGUAAGAUUGUCCGUUACAACUUUGCUGACAAAAGUGUGGUGAAGCUAUGUGAAUUCGAUCCAAUUGUUCACAGAUAUUAUUACAAUAACGACUUAAAGUAUAUCAGUACGUUUUCAUAUAUGGAAUCUUUUGCUAGUGUUUGA